AUGGCUUCCAAUACGAGAGGUCAAGAGAUAGAAGCAAUGAUACAGCGUAUUAUUCUCAGCAUGACUACUACCAUGACUACUACCAUGGCUACUAAUAUGACUGCCAUGGAAGAAAGAAUGAACACCAGAAUAGCUGAGUCAAUACCUACCUCGCCAGCUCAGCAAACCACUCAGCUAGCCACUCAGCCAGUCACUCAGCCAAUCACUCAGUCAGCUACUCAGUCAGUCACUCAGUCAGUCACUCAGUCAGCCACUCAGCCAGCCACUCAGCCAGCCACUCAGCCAGCCACUCAACCAGUCACUCAGUUAGCCACUCAGCCAGAGCACUCAGUUGAACAAGAGGAGGAACCACUACAACAGGCAAAUGCGGAGAAUACUGCGGAGAAUACUGCGGAGAAAGCAAGCGACAACAAGGCCACCAUUAGCAAGAACACGGCUCAGCUCUCCAAGAUCCCACGUCAUAUGCUCUCCACGGUUCCACGUCAAAUCACCACUCAGCAGGCGGAGAACGACACUACAAUUUGGCCUGCUAUCUCUGCAUGCCUGGGCAAUAUCACAUUGUGGUACAUCACUGCAAUGACGACGCAAGAGAAGGAUCUACUACGACGGUCACAGCCAAAUCACUAUGGCUAUGGCAAUUGGACCUCUGCAGGCAAGGGUCACAUCGGACGAUGCAUAUUUGGACGAAUUGAAACCCUUUCACUGCGGCAGGAGAUUUCGCGGGAUGCACACCACUAA